AUGCUCGACAGGCUCGAGCUGUACAACUUCAAGUCCUACAGGGGCACACAGACAAUAGGCCCGCUCCACUCGUUCACAGCGGUGAUAGGACCGAAUGGAGCGGGAAAGAGUAACCUCAUGGACGCCAUCUCGUUCGUCUUGGGCGUCCGGUCUGCCAGCUUGCGCUCCACCGCGCUUAAGGACUUGAUCUACCGCAGCGGGAGGAGGAGGAAGGCCGACAAGAAGGGAAAGGGGAAGGCUGUCGAGGGCGCCGAAGACGAGGAGGAAGAGGGCGAGGGCAGCGAACAAGAUGUGUCGGCGGCGGAGGAGGAGGAGGAGGAGGCGGAUGGGGAGGAGGACGGCGUCGACGGAGAGCGCACGGCGUGGGUCAUGGCCGUCUACGUCGACCGCGAGGAACAGAAAGAGUGGCGCUUCCAACGAUCAAUCUCGACCUCCGGCUCGUCCGAGUACAAGAUCAACGGCAAGACGGUCUCGUACAAGCGGUACAACGAGCAGCUCGAAAAGUUCAACAUCCUCGUCAAGGCCAAGAACUUUCUCGUCUUCCAGGGCGACGUUGAAGCGGUGGCAUCGCAGUCUCCGAAAGACCUCGCCCGCCUGAUCGACCAAAUCUCGGGCUCGCUCGACCUCAAAGACGACUACGACCGGUGCGCCUCGGCCCUCCAAAAAGCGACCGAGCAGUCCGUCGCGCAGCACUCUCGUCGCAAGGGCGUCAACAGCGAAGUCAAGCAGUACCAGACGAUGAAGUCGGAAGCGGAGCGGUGGCAGUCUCUCCAGGCCCAACGCGCCGACGCGGUGAUUCAUCAUCUCGUGUGGAAGUUGUUUCAUGUCGAGGAGGGGAUCAGGGCGAGUGAGGAGCGGAUUGAUGAGAGGAAUGAGGAGCUCAAGGCGCUGAGGGAGGAGAAUGAGAAGUUUGAGGAGGAGGUGAGGGGGAAGAAGAAGGAGGUCAACAAGGCGCAGAAGGAGGUGACGAAGCAGGAGAAGGCGCUCAAGGCCAAGGAGAAGGAGCUCGAGGAGGCUCGCCCCGAACUCGACGGCAUCGACACGAAGCGCCAACACGCGCUGAAGAAGCUCAAGCAAGCCGAAGACCAAGCCUCGAAGCAACAAGCCGAUCUCGACACGCACGACGCCAAGCUCGACCAGCUCAAGCGCGACUUGGAGACGACUAACAAGGCGGCGGAGAAGCAUCGGAAGCUUCAGGAGAAGGCGGCGAGGGAGAAGGGGAUCUCGUUGAGUUCGGAGGAUCUGGCCGAGUACAACAAGCUCAAGAGUCAAGCCUCGACCAAGGCCGUCGACGAGCGCGAAACCCUCACGAACCUGCUCAACGACGACAAGACGAAGCGUGACGCGCUCUCGUCCGCGCAAGACCAGCUCGACACCUCGCAGCGCAAGAUUGAUCGCCUCAAGAGCGAGGAGGCCAAGUUGCAGGAGCGCAAGGAGAAUGCCGAGAGGAACGAGGCAAAGGUCCAGGCGGACUUGAAGAAGGUCAAGGCGGAUUUGGACGAGUUGCGCAAGCGCAAGCAGCAAAUUGCCCAAACCGAAGCCGAAUACAAUGAGAAGCUCGAGAAGACGCUGCAAGACCUCCAGCGCGCCGGCGCCGAGAAGCACGAGAAGGAGUCUGAGAUCAAGUUCAAGGAGACGCUCGCGGCGCUCAAGCGCACCUUCCCCGGCGUCAAGGGCCGCAUCAUCGACCUCUGCAAGCCGACGCAGCAGAAGUAUGGGGUUGCGGUCACGACGGUCCUCGGGAGGAACAUCGACUCGAUUGUCGUCCAUAACGAGAAGACCGCCAUCAGCUGCAUCGAGUACAUGCGCGUCCAGCGCCUCGGACAAGCCACCUUCGUCCCCAUCGAGACGGUCCAAGUCAAACCCAUCAGCGACAAGUACCGCUCGUUCGCCAAGGGCGCCCGCCUCGCCAUCGACGUGAUCACCUUCGACUCGUCCGUCGAGAAGGCGAUGCAGUUCGCGUGCGGCAACGCGCUUGUGUGCGACUCAAUGCAGAUUGCGAGGCAUGUCUGCUACGACCGUGGGCAGGAGGUCAAGGCCGUCACGCUCGAGGGCACCGUCAUCCACCGCUCCGGCACCAUCACCGGCGGCACGUCUCAGCAGGGCGGCCGCCACUUCGAGGAUCAAGAGGUCGAGAGUCUCCGCCGCCGCGAAGCCGAGUUGCGCGGCAAGCUCGCCGACGUCUUCAAGAACCGCCCGAAGGCCAACGCCGAGGAACAGCUCAUCAACGACGAGACACGCUUGAAGGCUGACUUGCAAGUCGUCCGCGACGACCUCUCCUCGACCGAGUCGCGCCUCAAGGGCGUCCGGGACGAGCUAAAGACGCUCCGCAAGAAGGCCGCCGACUCGCAGAAGACGAUCUCGCAGAUCGAGGACGAGCUCGAGCAGCUCGAAGCGCAGGCUGCGACUUGCCGCGACGUCAUCGACCGCGAGGAGGACGCCAUCUUUGCCGACUUCUGCCGCCGCAUCCGGGUCGCCAACAUCCGCGAGUACGAGGAGAAGCAGCUCCGCGGCGCGCAGGAGGACAACGCGCAGAUGCUCGUCUUCAACACGCAGGUCGCGCGGCUGAACCACCAGAUCGCGUUCCAGAGCGAGCAGGUGGACGGGACGCGCGAGCGGCUCGAGUCGCUCCAGAAGCUCGCCGACAAGCAGCGCAAGGCGCUUGAGCAGCUUGAUGUCGACCGCGAGGCGAAGCAGGGCGAGAUCGAGGCGCUCGAGCAGGAGGUGCAGGACUUGUCGACCGUCCUCGAGCAGCUGCGCGACACGCUCAAGGACAAGACGAGCGAGCUCGAGCGGGUGAGGAAGGAGGGCGGCAAGGCGUCGCGUGUGCUCGACAAGGCGCUCAAGGAGAUUGCGUCCUGCAACGACGAGAUCGAGCGCCUGUCGUCCGAGCGCUUCUCGAUCUACCGCCGCUGCAAGCUCGAAGAGAUCGACCUUCCCCUCUCGAAGGGCAAGCUCGACGACAUCCCGAUCGAGGAGGCCGCCGCUCCCGCCGCGCCGAUGGACAUCGACGGACCGGAGGAGGGUACGCAGAACGUCUUCCAGGCGAACACCUAUGGCGUCGAGGUCGACUUCGAUGAGCUGGAUGAGGACAAGCAGGAGGAUGGCUCGGACGCUCAGGAGGAGAAGCUGCUCGCCACCGUCAACCGCCUGCAAGGCGAGAUCGAGAAGAUGACGGUCAACCUCAAGGCGAUCGAGCGACUCGGCGACUCGGAAGCCCGCUUCCGCGAGAUCGACGAAGAGUUCGACCAAGCGCGCGAAGAGACGCGCAAGGCCAAGGACGCCUUCAACGCCGUCAAGAAGAAGCGUUGUGACUUGUUCAACAAGGCGUUCAAGCACAUCGAGGACCGUAUCGACCAGGUGUACAAGGAUUUGACGAAGGGCAAGGCGAGUCCGCAGGGCGGCGUGGCGUACUUGUCGCUCGAGGAGCCUGAGGAACCCUACCUCCACGGCAUCAAGUACCACGCCAUGCCUCCUCUGAAGCGCUUCCGCGACAUGGACCAGCUUUCCGGUGGCGAGAAGACGAUGGCUGCGCUCGCUCUCCUCUUUGCCAUCCACUCCUUCCAGCCUUCGCCCUUCUUCGUGCUCGACGAGGUCGACGGCGCUCUCGACAAUACGAACGUCGGCCGCGUCGCUCGCUACGUCAAUCAGCGGACCCAGCAUGGCGACUUCCAGUGCAUCGUCAUCACGCACAAGCAGCUCAUGUUCGAGUCGUCCUCGGCGCUCGUCGGUAUCUACCGCGAGGCAGGCUCGAAGACGCUCACGCUCGACUUGACCAAGUACGCCGAGAACGGCGUGUGA